AUGGAGAGGAGGUGUCGUUUAAUCCUUCAAUCCUCAGCCUGUCUUCCACACUUACUAACCAUCAUUAUCACUUUCUUCUUGUUCUUUCAGGCCAAAGAGCUGCAGACUCUUCACAACCUCCGCAAACUCUUCGUUCUGGACCUCACCACACGGGUUAAGAAGAGUGCAGAGAUGGACUGUGAGGAAGGGCUUGGCAACAUCGCCCAGAAACAGAAGAUCUCAUUCCUGGAGAAUAACUUGGAGCAGCUCACAAAAGUCCACAAGCAGCCAGUGAUGGAAGAAGUCAAAAUAGCAAUACAGUAAAAUAAAAAUACACCUACUUCAAUGAAAGCAUUCUCUGCAUAAUUUACUAUAAGCAUCAAAAGUUUCAAUGGAAAUACUCAGGUAGGUACCUCAAAAUUGUUCUUAAGUACAAUUUGUUAAAUUGUUCUUAUUUUUACCCUCUCAAAGUCACCUUAUCUGAGAAGCCAUGUCUGGGCAUUAACAUCCUGACAAGUUUUAUUCCUAGCUUCACCAAACUUUGUAAGAUCGCUGUGUUGUCUCUCUGCCCUGUGUGCCUGUCACUUGCAGUGUGGCUGCUUUCUUUGCAGAUACUGGAGGUGAGCAUGGUCAUGAGCACCUGAGCUCAUCAGCGCCCUCUGGUGGACACAGACCCUGUAUGUCAGUGCUCCUUCUGAAACCCUCUCAGAGCUGAGUUCAGACUCUCCCUCUUCUCCCUGAGACACACCCACUGGC